UAAACAAUCGUCUAACUACGUCAAACAUUGACUUAUUACAGAAUAAACGAACAUGUGGCUUUCACCAGUCGUUUGUAAUACAGUAAAAUAUGUUUCCUGUGAAUUAACGUACAACAAUGAGCUAUAGUUCACUAACUGCCACUAUGAUUUGUAAUGUGACAUGUUAAGGCGGGGCCUACUUUCAUGAACGGAAUCCGGACAUCUUAUUGGCUCGCGUCACAGUCACAGCUGACUCGUGAGCCAAUGAGCUACUAUUUUUGAUAGUGCUACAUUUUUCAUAAUAAAAGCCAGAGUCAACGUCAACAAAGCUUUAUUGGCACGAUUGUCCGAUUUUACAAUAUUACCAAAACGUAUACUGUACUCUAACGUUUUAUAUAUUAUAAGUAAUUUGCGACUUUUGUUCUGAAAAUAGACCGCGCACGCGUGUGUGUCAGCUUUUUUUGACUGCAAACGGGAACUAUACGCUGUACACCUGUUAACUACCGAUUUUAACCCGUUUUUAUCACGUGGUAUUAUUAUUAGUCGAUUCACAGCCAUGUCUCGGUUACUGUGUUUAUCACGGGGUAUCAUUUACACAAAGUGUAGAUACAGUGCGCAGAAAUCCGAGCCCUUCUUGUCUUUGUUGUCAUACAGAGAUAAUCUGAUGAGAAGAUUAAUUUCAACACAGAGAAGAACUGUCUUCACAUCCUAUAAGAACAGAUCUUUGUGGAUAUUCGGCAUCGGGACGGGCUUUAUUUUGGCUGUGGGGUUGAAAUAUCGCGAUUCUGUGUCUAAUCACUGUGAUUGUGAUGUACAGAAAACAGACAGAGCUGAAACUCUCUCAAAGUACAGAACUGCUAUAGAGAUCAGCAGAGACCUGCUACAGCGGAAUCAAGUUGAAGUUGGGGCCCCAGGAAUGGUUAUUGGAGUCUCGGUGGAUGGCAACCAAGUUUGGUGUGAAGGGGUUGGUUAUGCAGAUCUGGAGAACAGAGUGCCUUGCAGCCCCGACACAGUGAUGAGAAUCGCCAGCAUCAGUAAACCUCUGACCACAGCGGCCGUCGUUCGACUCUGGGAGGAGGGUAAGAUAAAUCUAGAUGCAGCUGUGCAAAAAUACGUCCCUGAGUUCCCAGAGAAGCAAUUUGAGGGAGAAAAUGUAACUAUAACAACUCGAAUGCUCCUGUCUCACUUGAGUGGCAUCCGUCACUAUGAAAAAGAUGCCAAGAAAGUGAGAGAGGACAAAGAGAAAGCAAAGCGCCUUCUGAAGCCCCCGGAGAAGAAAGAGGAAAAGGACUCAGCUGAUAGCAAAGAGAAGCCUAGAGCAGAGGACAAAAGUGCUAAAUGCAAAGAGGCCAAAGCGGGCCAGAGGAAAAAAGAGUUUGAGCAGGAGGAAUACUACCUCAAAUACAGCUUUGAGAAUGUCAUUCAGGCUUUGGACUUAUUCAAAGACGAUCCUCUGAUUUUUAAACCUGGUUCUACGUUCCUGUAUUCCACACAUGCCUUCACGCUGCUUAGUGCUGUGGUGGAGAGAGCAGCAGGUCAACGCUUCCUCGACCACAUGAUGAAGAUGUUUCGUGAUCUGGGCAUGUUCAACACAGUGCCAGAUGAGAACGACCCAAUAAUUUACAACCGCUCAAGAUUCUACCAUUUCAAUAAAAAGGGCCGUAUUGUGAACUGCCCCUAUGUGGACAAUUCAUACAAAUGGGCUGGCGGGGGAUUUCUGUCCACUGUUGGGGACCUUCUCGUCUUUGGUAACGCUCUGCUCUACAGCUUUCAAAUGGCCAAACUGAAGAACACAGACGGGCUUCUCCCCGGCUUUCUCAAACCCCACACAGCCAAAGCCAUGUGGGCACCGGUGGACAAAACCGAAGCAUCAUGGGACAAAGACGGACUGUACGGCCAGGGCUGGCUGGUUGUGGAGAAACAGCAGAAAUACGGUCAGUGCCACAAUCGCAGGCAUUACGUCUCGCACACAGGGGGCGCUGUGGGAGCUAGUAGUGUGCUAUUGGUGUUACCUAGAGAGAGCACACAGGUCACGGAUCAGAAGCUGACCCCUCCACAGGGUGUAGUGGUGACCAUCAUUACUAAUGUGCAGUCGGUGGGACUGAAUGCCACCGCGCUGAAGAUCGCCCAGGAAUUUGACAAAGCCAGGGAUGAAUACGUUUCAUUUUAUUGACAGCUGAUAAACACAUGCACUGCAGUAUUCCUUUUUAGCCAUUUCAGGAGUUUUCUGUGUCAAACAUCAGGCAUUUUAAGCAAAUGUAUGUCUGACCUGCCAUACCACGCCUUGAUUAUGACAAAAAAUAUUUUUGAUAACCUUUAUACAUGUAUGAGCUGCCUAAAAAGAUGAAUGAAUAAAAAUAUAUUAUGGAAACAUUAAUGGCAACCUCCUUUAUUGAUCUUUUCAUUUUUAUCCUACUUAAUAUGAUACAUUUAUAAAAGGGUAGAGCCUGUGUUCUGUUGGUGACCAAUUACAGCAUCUUAAAUAUACCCUUUUCCUUAAAUGUUCAUAUAUUUUAAACCUUAAAUAUUGAUGUUGAAUAACAACACAUUUUUCAUAAUUUACUAACCUUAAUGUCUUUUCAAACCCAAUUUGUUUCAUUAUUUCUUAUGUGGAACACAAAAGUGUAUUAAUGAAUAUUGAGGUCCAUCUUUCAAUACUUUUUUUUUUUCUUUUCUUCACUUUAAAGCUUAAAAAAAAGACCAAAAGUAUUAUUAAAAUAUUCUAUGUUUGACUCAUAUUCCAAGUCUUCUGAAGAAAUAAGUUUUGGUGAGAACCAGCAUAAAAUGUACAUCAUUUUCAGUUCACAAUGUUUAGUUUUUUUUUGCGAGUACAGAUU